AAAUGUACACCAGAGAAUAGAGUUUUAUCUUCAAUUCUUUUCCACAGCGCGCUCUGAGAAAAGAACACCACCACCAACAAGAGGCAUUUUAGCCGAAGCAGCCAUGGAAGGAAGCUCCCUUCUUCUUAGCCAUACUUGUUCUUCUUCUCCUCUUCCUCCAAUUCUAAAACCCCAAUUUGGGCUCAGUUCCCAGCUUUCUUCUCCUUCUUCUGUUGGAAAAUACCCUUUGCUCACCUCCAUUCUCAAAUGCAAUUUGUGGGCCAAGAACACGGCUCUAGUUUUUCCGUGCCCCCGAAGAACCUCUAUUCUCCGCAAUUCAGCUGCUUUCGCUGUCGAACAAGAAGCUCUGGAGAAACCCAACGAUCAUUUCUCAACCUCAACAACAUCUUCUUAUUCCAGAGAUAUGUUACCAAAGAUUGACAAGAGUGGCAGGUUUUGCAGUCCAAGGGCCGCCAGAGAGCUCGCUCUGUCAAUAGUUUAUGCGGCAUGUUUAGAAGGAUCGGACCCCGUUCGGCUUUUUGAGAAGCGAAUGAAUGCCCGGCGAGAACCCGGAUAUGAAUUCGACAACGCUUCCUUGUUGGCAUACAACCACAUGAGCUUUGGAGGCCCACCUGUCACGGUACAAACAAUUGAAGAAGCAGACGAACUUCUACGCAACAAUGAUAAAGAAUCUACAAUCGAAGCAGAAGUCCUUGCAGCUCCUCCAAAGUUGGUAUACAGCAAAUUGAUUUUGCGAUUUACAAGGAAAAUUUUGGUUGCAGUCGUGGAUAGAUGGGACAGUCAUGUGCUUGUCAUUGAUAAAGUUGCCCCUCCUAAUUGGAAGGUUGAAACAAGUGAGCCAGCGGGCAGAAUUUUGGAGCUGUGUAUCCUUCAUUUGGCAAUGUCCGAAAUUACAGUUAUAGGGACGCGGCACCAGAUUGUCAUUAAUGAGGCUGUCGAUCUUGCUAAAAGGUUCUGUGAUGGAGCGGCACCGCGUAUCAUCAAUGGGUGUCUGAGGACCUUUUUGAAGGAUGAAGAAGAAACCGGUUUAGCUCAGGCCUUGAAAGAUAAACAGAAGGUGAUCAGUUAAUGUAUGAAUUUUAGCAGUUUCAAUUACUGCUAUGUGGUUUAGCGGUGUCAAGACUGCCACAGCCACCAUUAAUAGUGGAGCGAAGAAUGUCAUUCAGGAUUUAUGGCUUAUUGUAUAGAUGCUUAUAAACCUCAAGGGAAAAGUAACUUGUCUCUUCAAGUCUAUUACUACAUUCUAAAUUUAGAGGCUUAAGAGUGUUGUGAAUGAGUGGGAGGGAGUGGCAGGAUCAUGUAUGAGCAUUGAACUUGUAAGGUGUAAGAUGAUUUCUGAUCUUUCAUGAUAAUACAUUUUUGAUAUAUGGA